CUAAGAUGGAUUUGGAGUGGAUCUACCAGGAAGACAGUACCACAGUAGCUUGGCCCCUGCCCGUGGAUGCAUCUCAAUCGUUCAAGGCCUGACAGCCAAAAUCUCGUUGUCUUCUUUCCUUCACCAUCCUCAUGAGAAAGAGAUCAAAAUACCGCUUAUCCCAGUAUACGGACACUCGCUGUUCUAUCUAUUAGUAUUCUAACAUCACACCCAUUCAUAUAGCUCCUCGUUUGUGAUCAUGAAGGAGUAUUUAGACUCAGACCGAGUCAAUUUCUUGAUUUGGAGAUAUUUAAUAGAAGGCAAUUAUCGAGAGACAGCCGUCAAGUUCCAAAAGGAGUGGCACGUCGAGGAACCUCACCGACAGCUAGAUUUCGCGCAACAUGUCAAAAGUCAUGCACUAGUCAAUGUCAUAAACAAGGGUCUGCUGUAUAACUCGUUAGAAAGAGAGCAUGCACAGUCGCAACAGUUAUCCCGUGGUGCCGCUGCGGCGGCAGUGGCCGAGGCGAUGCAACUAGGUAUUUUUGGUCCACUACUUCCAGGUCCACCGCUUCACCAGCAGGAACAGGAGUCACAGCAACAAACGGAGGAAAUGGAUCAGGAUGACGAAGGAGAAGCAGAAACGGAAGCAGCACCGACAACUACGUCCGGCGUUGAUGCAGAAAAUACCCGAAAACGCCAAAUUGAAAGGCAAUCACAAACGGCGCUUCUGAAUGGUUCUCCGGCUAAGCGACCAAGACUGAGUAAUGGGUACGAAAAUGGGGUGGAUGCAGCCACAACUCCAAUGGAACUUGACGGGGGGCAGAACGACAACCAUGCUUACCCUUCCCCCCAAGAAGGCGAACAGGCGCCAACGCCAACUCCCCGAACCGACGGCCCUGACCAAGGCACACAGGUCGAUAAAGUACAAGAACUGACAACUGAAACCACAUUUAUCCCCCUGGGCUCUGGUCACGACGAUGCGCCAACAUCUUCGCCAACCACGGCGUUGGCAAGAAUGAAUGGCGAGAACGCGCCUGUGCUACUGCAUUGUCAGUGGCAUCCCCGAGAUCCCACCAUCUUGGCGGCUGCUGGAACCGAUGCGCUAGCCCGCAUCUGGAACGUUUCUCGUGGAGCCACAACCGACCCUGCAUCCAAUGGUCACGUGAAUGGCGUCGCUCCAAGUUUCCAUUCUCUUGUUGAAGACGAUAUCAAGUCUACGGCUACCGUCACCUCCAUGGCCUGGAAUUUGGACGGAACUACCAUUGCUAUCGCUACAGAUUCGGAAUCGAGGGCUCGAAUUGACCUCUGGAGUCAUGAAGGCUCCCAUCUACAACGCUUUGAGGUUGCCGAACCUCCCGUCUUUAAAAUGCGCUGGAAUCCUAAUAAUGGUGCUAUCUUAGCUAUUGCGCCGGACAAUGAAGGUGCAUUAAUAACUAUAUACCAUGCUUCGUCGUCUAAUACCCUGACAUAUUCCCUGCCACGACACGACCUUGAUUCGGACCCACUGGAUGCUGCAUGGAUUAGCGAGACCGAGUUUUUAAUUGGUGGUGGUGAUUUAUUAAUGGCGUUAAGGUGCGGUGAUGGGGAAAUUACCGAAAUCCGGAAGUUCGACACUCGCGAAAAUGAUGCCUUAACUCAUGUUCAAUUUGAUCCGAAAACUUCGCUGGUGGCUACUUGUGGAGAGAAAGGCUUUGUCGACAUCUGGGAUAGCAAAGGUAAGCGACGCGAGAUAGCAGCACAUUAUGAUGCGGUCACGGCGUUGCUUUGGCAGCCCUUGCAGCAAACACCACCGGCUGACGAGCGGCUCUUGGCUUCCGGUGGCGAGGAUGGCGCUAUUCUAAUAUGCAACGCCUUAGCUCUCGAUGGGAAGCCGAAAUGCUCCAUGACUAUGGAAUCGCCCAUAGUUUCGAUGGCUUUUACACCCGAUGGUGCAUUUAUUGCGGUAGCUACGGCUGAGAAGAUUUUGAUUUGGAAGGUCGGCGACUGCAGUAUUCCUCGAGCAUGUUGGAGUCGAGCAUCCCAUCCUAUCUGGCUAAGCCCACGAAAUAAUCCCGAUUCAGAAAAAGAGGAUGAACACUGCUUGGAGUGGGAUGCCACAGGCCAUAAACUUGCAUAUGGAGUCAAUAACCGGCUCGCAAUUAUCAACUUCCGAUGAUAGACCACAGUCGUAUUUCUGUUGCUUUCCAUUAACAGGCGCAAAGGGCUACGCUACAUCCCAGUCGUUGCUGAGAUGAUAGCCAUUAUCAUAGCGUGUUGCGGUAUGUUUAUCGGCUAAAGGCCCUUCAGCUGGUCGCCGGUAGCAAAAUUAGCUACUUAAGGCACCAGUAUCAUGACAGCAUUGUUGAGCGCAUUAUCUAGCUCCCACGAAACCGUAGGACUUGUGAUCUAGUACCGCAAGGUAUUGACACCCGCUAGUGACGAUUCGAAGAAAUCUAGGAAACCAAGGACGGAAAUUAUGGGCUGUGAAGCGAAUCGUCGCGAUAAGUGUCAUAAAAGCUACUGUGGGAACUGUCAUGACAAAAGACGACGAGACGACUCCUGGGUAUCGGAUCGGCAUGUCUGGCUAUCUCGGAGGCGGCGGGGCGUUACUAUCAUAUAGCUAGGAGCAUUGGGGCGAGGCAUUUUUCUCAAGUACACAUAAGCCAACGGGUUGUCCUUUUUGUAUAAGCAAAUGCACCUGUCAUCCACAUCCAAACCAUGUUGGCGUACGAACUGCGAGAGUCAUCAGAUAAUUUU